UCCAUUUCAGUGAGCUCCACGGCGUUGAGAGGAAGGCAACUGCAACCGAUCCCGAGUACAGCAUGUCCAGGAAGCGAAAAAAGCUGAGCCACUAGACAAGCAACGAACAGCCAAAAACGGAAAUUUGCAUCUCAUCUCACAACGAUGGCCACGGGAAUUGAGCUUAUUGUGGCAGCGGCCAUGUGCGUUGCAUGUCCGGCUUUAAACGAGUCCCUGCCCGCGAAUUUGAUCCAGCUGAGUGAUGACGGCAGCAGGAGCCUUUCCACCGAAAUGCCCAUCGAUGUGGAGGCCACUGACGCCGGCCUGGACAGCGAUACGCCCGUGGAGACCCUGGAGACGAUAAUCAACAAGAAGCUGAAGUUGCGCGAGAUGCGUGACUGGAUCAAAGGCAAGCACCUCCGCAUCGCCACCCUCGAGGACUAUCCGUUGAGCUAUACGGAGGUACUGGACAAUGGCACGCGCAUCGGCCAUGGCGUCUCCUUUCAAAUCAUCGAUUUCCUCAAAAAGAAGUUCAACUUUACGUACGAGGUAUUCGUGCCGCAGGACAACAUCAUCGGUUCGCCCACCGAUUUUGAUCGCAGUCUCAUCGAGAUGGUAAACAGCAGUCUUGUGGAUCUGGCAGCUGCCUUCAUUCCCUCACUUUCGGACCAAAGAACCUUCGUCUACUAUUCGACAACCACCUUGGACGAGGGCGAGUGGAUAAUGGUGAUGCAGCGGCCCAGGGAAUCCGCCAGUGGCUCUGGCCUGCUGGCACCGUUUGAAUUUUGGGUCUGGAUACUGAUACUCGUAUCCCUGCUAGCCGUAGGACCCAUCAUCUAUGCCCUGAUCAUUCUACGGAAUCGCCUGACGGGCGACGCCGCUCAACAUCCCUAUUCGCUGGGACACUGCGCUUGGUUCGUGUACGGAGCGCUAAUGAAACAGGGCAGCACCCUGUCGCCCAUUGCCGACUCGACCCGUCUGCUAUUCGCCACCUGGUGGAUAUUCAUCACGAUACUGACGUCCUUCUACACGGCUAACCUGACGGCCUUCCUUACCCUCUCCAAGUUCACGCUGCCCUACAACACGGUCAACGAUAUAUUGGUGAAGAACAAACACUUUGUCUCGAUGCGUGGUGGUGGGGUCGAGUAUGCCAUACGUACGACCAACGAAUCGCUGUCCAUGCUGAAUCGCAUGAUACAGAACAACUAUGCGGUCUUCUCCGAGGAGACGAACGACACGUACAAUCUCCAGAAUUACGUGGAGAGGAAUGGAUACGUGUUUGUUCGGGAUCGACCAGCGAUCAAUAUAAUGCUUUAUCAGGACUAUCUGUAUCGCAAGACAAUCAGCUACAGCGACGAGAAGAUCCACUGUCCAUUUGCCAUGGCCAGGGAGCCGUUCCUCAAGAAGAAGCGCACCUUCGCCUAUCCAAUUGGCUCGAAUUUGAGCCAGCUCUUUGAUCCGGAGUUACUCAAUCUGGUGGAAUCGGGCAUUGUGAAGCAUUUGUCGGCCAAGGAUUUGCCCAGCGCCGAAAUAUGUCCCCAGGAUCUGGGCGGUACUGAGCGGCAGCUGAGAAACGGCGACUUGAUGAUGACCUACUAUAUAAUGCUGGCCGGAUUCGCCACAUCUCUGGCCGUUUUCAGCACCGAACUUAUAUUCCGGUACGUGAAUAGUCGCCACGAGGCCAACAAGUGGGCUCGACACGGCAUCGGACGCACUCCCAAUGGCCAAUCCAUAAAACCAUCUCGCUGGCUGAGGGGCUGGCAGCGCCUGGACAGCGGAAAAAAGCAGUUGCUGGGCACCUCCACCCAGGGCCAGAACGUUACUCCUCCGCCGCCCUAUCAGAGCAUUUUCAACGGUGGCCAUGCUGCCGUGGCUGCAGAUCCUCGCCAUCGCUGGAAACGUGCCGUGGGCCAGAGCAACGGGGUUCUUCUCGGCAACGACGCGCUGACCGAUGGUGGGGUAAGGCGAUUGAUCAACGGCCGAGAUUACCUCGUCUUUCGCAACCCAGACGGCCAGAGUCAGUUGGUUCCCGUCCGAUCGCCUUCGGCCGCGCUAUUUCAAUACACCUACACCGAAUAGGAUAUAUAAUAUAUAUAUAUAUGUACCUAUGUUUAUUUGAUACGAUCUUGUUACCUGCACCAUUAACCUCCACACAAAAAAUACGUAGACAUCAGAUGUUGUGCCGUUUUACAGAGAUCUCCAAUAAAG